CAAUGAGAGCUCAGCGAAUACCGGCCAAUAGGACGCUGAGUCUGCUCCCCACGGCGUGAGGAUGAGCCAAUGGUGUUCCGAGAAGGACUGGUUCUGCUCAACAGCUUGUUAUUCCGUCUGUAGCUGCUUGCAGUUCCGUGCCAGGGGGGAGUUGUAGUAUCCGAGUGCCCGUAGUGAACACAAAUCUUCGAGCUGGAAUCCCUCAAAUAACCUUGGACAAUGAAGGCAGCGGAUGAGCCUGCCUACCUAACCGUGGGGACUGAUGUCAGUGCUAAGUACCGGGGUGCCUUCUGCGAGGCAAAGAUUAAAACCGUGAAACGACUGGUGAAAGUUAAGGUAACUUUGAAACAAGAUAGCUCUACACAACUGAUACAGGAUGACCAAGUAAAAGGACCAUUAAGGGUUGGAGCUACAGUUGAAAUGAAAGCACCUGACGGAUCUCUCCAGGAUGCAGUGAUAAGUAAACUGACAGAUGCCAGCUGGUAUACUGUAGUUUUUGAUGAUGGUGAUGAAAGAACUUUAAGACGGACCUCAUUGUGUUUGAAGGGGGAAAGGCACUUUGCAGAGAGCGAGACUUUGGACCAACUGCCGCUAACAAAUCCAGAACAUUUUGGCACUCCAGUCAUUGGGAAAAAAUCUAACAGGGGGAGGAGAUCGUCUCUACCUAUGACCGAAGAUGAGAAAGAGGAAAGUAGCAGCGAAGAGGAGGAAGAGGAUGACAAGCGCAUUGUGGAUGAAUUACUGGGCAAAGUAGUGAGCGUGAACUGCAGCCUGACUAAACAGUGGUACACUGCCCUGGUUGUGGCCCCUAGUUGCAGUGAUGAUGCUACAGUGAAAAAAGACCAGUGUUUGGUUCGAUCCUUUGUAGAUGCAAAAUUCCAUUCAGUUGCAAGGAAAGAUGUUGAAGAACUUGACAUAAAUGCACUAAUGUCUGAGUGCCCUACAAAGCCAGGUGUAAUGGAAGCCAUACCUUUCCUCAAGUCACGGACGGUCCCCGGUAGCUGGAAAAUGGACAUGAGAGAAAUCCUGGAGUCUUCCAGCAGUGAUGAAGAAGAUGGGGAUGCAGAUAUUAGUGAAGGGGAACACAAUAAAGAGGAAGGGGAGGAGGCGGAGCCAGAAGAAGAGGCAGAUCCUCUGGAAAGGGACAACUUCCUUCAGCAGCUCUACAGGUUUAUGGAAGACAGAGGAACACCAAUCAACAAGCCACCAGUAUUAGGUUACAAGGAUCUGAAACUUUUCAAGCUGUUUAGACUUGUUUAUCAGCAGGGGGGUUGUGACAAUAUUGAAAGCGGUGCUGUAUGGAAACAGAUUUAUAUGGACCUUGGCAUUCCUAUUUUGAACUCUGCAGCAUCGUACAAUGUAAAAACAGCAUACAAAAAGUAUUUGUAUGGGUUUGAGGAAUAUUGCCGGUCUGCAGACAUUCAGUUUAGGACUAUUCACCACAAUGACCCUAGACCAGUAGAUGAGAGCCCGGUAACGGAAGAACCAAUGGAAAAUAGUGACAAAACUGAGGCCACAGACCUUCCGGUCAAUGUGAAACUCAAAGAAGAUGAUGAUGAUGAUACAGACUCUAGUAGCGAGAAUGAGAAAGAGGAGACUGACGUUAAAUCGCCAAGGGGGAGGAGAGGACUUAAUUGUAACACAGUUCCAGUCACAAAGAAUCUUGAAGAUAGCGAUAAAAGAAAAGACCACAACAAGGAAAACAAGGAUAUGGAAGAGGAGUUUGACAAAAGUGAGGAAAAAAAGGAAAAUGACACUACCCCAGCAAGGAGGAGCCUAACAUAUAGAAUGAAAGACCGAAGAAGCUGGAAGCAAGAGGACUCUGAGCAAGAGUCUGAUGAGGAUGAUGAUAAGCUAAGUGACAUUUACUCUGGUAUUCUUGAACUGUGCAGGAGGGAAGAAAUGGAACAUAAAGGAGACACUGAAUGCGAGGAGGACUCUGAGGAGACGGAUUGUCUGGCAGGCACCAAAGUUAAGGUUAAAUAUGGGCGUGGCAAAACGCAGAAAAUCUAUGAAGCCAAUAUCAAAAACACUGAGGUAGAUGGAGGAGAGCUGUUAUACCUGGUGCAUUACUAUGGCUGGAAUGUCAGAUAUGAUGAAUGGGUAAAAGCUGACAGGAUCAUCUGGCCUUCAGAGAAACCUGGAUUAAAAAGAAAACUAAAGAAAAGAUCAAAAAACAAAGAUGAAAAUGAAAGAGAGGAAAAGCGAGAGGAAGAGAAGCAGAAAUCGAAGCGGGGGCGGCCUCCAUUAAAGUCCACUCUCCAGUCUAACAUGGCUUGUGUUUUAACCAAGACUCCAAGUAGUGAGGGCAAGACCUCCAGUAAACAUAUGAGAAACAGCCUGCCUGAUAACACUGCCUUAUCAAAUGGAAUCGAAGGAGCAGUUCGGCGACGAACCAGGAGGAGCUCAGGAAUGUACGAUUCUGAUAGAUGCUCUGGUGAUUCUUCAACAUCUGAUAGUGAUUCAGAGGAAAUUAUAGAAAAUUUGUCGAUGAAAGAAGAGUUUCUGCCAAAGGCUGAGAAGGAAUCUGAACAGGUUGAGAGUCUGCUUGAGGACACCAUUGAGCAAGACACUGUGCAAGUUAUUUCUGCUCCAAAAGAUCAGGAAUCCAGCCCGGUAAAGCCAGCACAGACCUUACAGCAAGAAGUGGAAAAAAGUGAACAAGUUGUUCCAAAUUAUGGGAACCAAACAGAACUAAUCGUAGAUAUGAAAGAGGCUGAUAAUAUGCCAAAGCCUAAGGGGAGGAGAAGCAAAGGAAAAGAACCUACUCUAGAGAACACGAAAAUUCUGCCAGUACCUCAGGAAGAUAAUUUGGUGGAACCUAAAGUAGAACCUGAAGUAUUAGACUUUGCACCAUUUGCUUCAUUACAGACGAAGGAGUUGCUCUUUGCUCCUGUGGAAGUGGAUCUUCCAAGUGAUCCACUAACUAAGGAGAAGAAAGCAUGCAAGAGGAAACCAGCAGAAGAGACCUCUCCAGAGAAAAAGUUGCGUGCAGAGUGUGAGCUAGAACUGCCGGUCAUUACGGUAGAAGAGAAACCUGUUGUGUUCAGUGAGACUUCGGAGCCUUUCAACAAAGUUGAGGAAGAGCAGAUGCAAAAUGUAAAUGAGGACAUGCCCUCCUUAACCUCUGAGCUAGAACACAUUCAGAACACUAGAGCUGACGAAUAUGACUUGCCACUGAAUGGUAUCACUAGGGUAUCCUGUAAAGAAGAACCGGAGCAUAUAAUGCCCAUGAUUGGACCAGAGACUCUGGUUUGUCAUGAAGUUGAUUUGGAUGAUGGUGACGAACAGGACAAGGUAGAGGUCAUGGUAACGGAGAUGGACACACAGACCAUACUUGAACCCACACUGCCCCCUACUGUUCCGCCUCAGAGUUACUCUGUGACUUCUCCCCUUGCACUCAGUCAUGAUGAGUCUCACAGCAUAAAGAGUGAGAGUGACAUAACCAUCGAAGUGGACAGUGUGGCAGAAGAAUCACAAGAAGGCCUUUGUGAGAGUGAGUCUGCUAAUGGCUUUGAAGCCAGCACCACUUCUAGCAACUGCAGCAUAACCGUGCAGGAAGCAGAGAUGCCUGACAAAUGCCAUAAACGGAUCAGUGAGAGCAACCUUGGGACACUGGCAAAGAAACAGAAGCGCACACCAAAGCGAAUGAGCGCUUCAGCUAAGGGUGAAAAGAACGGAAUAGGUCAAAGCAGUGACAGUGAAGACCUUUCUGCUCUUGAUACAUCCAGUAAGUGUGCUCCUGAUAAGCACAUACAUGUUCCUAAGCCACAAAAGAUCAUGAGAUCACCAACGAGAGUCUUGUCUCCGCAUACAAAAGAAUUAGAAAAAGACAAGCAUAGGGAGAAGCACCAGCACUCAUCACCCAGGGCGUACAAGUGGACACUGCAGCUCAGUGAACUGGAUAAUAUGUCUGGCACAGAGAAGAUUGUUUUCCUCCAGGAUAAAUUGCAGGAAAUCAGAAAGUACUACAUGUCCUUAAAAUCUGAAGUAGCUACAAUAGACAGGAGGCGGAAACGGUUAAAAAAGAAAGACAGAGAAGUGUCCAAUACAGGAGCGUCUAUGUCCUCCGCAUCUUCAGAGACUGGAAUGAGUCCCUCGUCCUCUUCUCCCCCACAAAACACACUGGCUUUAGAAUGCAGGUGAUACGUGCCUGGUGCCAUGGACACUUAAUCCCCACCCCCACCCCUUUAAUCCUAUCACAUGAAGCACUCAACCAAUUUGAUAUUGCCAAGUUUUGGGGUAUUUCUUUUUUUUUUUUUUUUUUUUUUUUUUUCUUAAGGUCCCUCUGCUGGAUUGCUAUUUUUUAUUUUUAUUUCCAUUUCAUGUUUGUUUUUGUUUUUUUGUUUCUUUUCUUAAAUAAGAUCAUUAGGGUUAGUAGACUAUCAGCGAGUCUGCCACAAUGGCUUCUUGUUUUGUCCAAACAGAGGAAUGACACUUUUAGAAUUUGAGAAAUGUCUGAAUAAUAUUUUCAGGAGCUCCCUCCCAUGGAAUAUGCUCUCCUGUGCCCCAACAUUAAAAAAAAAAAAGCAAGUGUACAAAACAAAGAUCGGUGCACUAUUCCAAAUGUCACAGCAGCUGCACUUUUUGACAGAGCUGCAUUUUAACGUCCAAUAUUUAGUGUACAUUUCUGAAAGCACUUGCAACGUACAGAACUGCCAAAGUCCAAUGUGUUCAACAGAGUGCCCAGUUUUAAAGCUGUAAGCAAGACAAAAUAAGUUGUGAAGGGGAACGUAGUGGACUGAAAACGACAUGGAAACAAGUCUUCCACUUUUUACAGGAAUUUAGAGCACAGAAAUAUGCAACUAUUUUAAAUGUUUAUUAAUGUUUACAGUGGAACUGUGAAUGUUUUCAGUGGACUAUCUUAUCCCUUGGCAAAUCUAUUUUGUCUUUUUCUAUGUAAUUUCAGAGUUUUUAUUUUGUUACAAAAAGACAAAAAGAAAAUAUAUGACAACAGCGAAGUUAUUUAACAGGAUUUCUAAAGCUGAAUUUUUUUUUUUUGUGUAAAAUAAGGUAUUAUCUUGCAACUUGUUAAAUAUAUUUAUUCAGACAUUGGAUGUUGUAUUUUUAUGUAUUUUUUAAAAUAUUAAUAAAUAAAAAAAUGAAGAGAAGGGUCUAGCUUAGUUCUCUCUUCCAAUACAACUGUAGCUCUCAAUAUGAUUUUUUUGCGCUUUGGCGUUUUACAGAGAAGAUAUCACCAGAUUCUGUAACAUUUUUGCUAGUAAUUUUUUAUUUUUGAAUAUUUUUUUCUUGCGAGCUCCUUUUUAGGAUUCUUUUUAUUUUUUUUACAUUUAUUUAUUUUUACCUUUUUUUUUAUUUACACGUGGCCCUUCCAAUUUUUUAUUUUAUUUAAUAUACUGCCAAGUUAAGUUAUCUUCAACUGCUGAGAUGCAGCAUUACAGUAAAACAACCUUCACUUGAGAGGACUGUGCUUCAUUCCAUAGGCUAAAACAUUUUGUAAAUAAUCCUUCCUGAAUCUUGUAUUUAAGAGUUUUUUGCAUAUACAUUAUGUACAAAAGUGAUUUUUUUAUCAAUUUUUUAUUCAUUUGUACAUUAAAUGGGUUUUUAACCCCUUUUUCUGUGUUUAAUGUGUUGUAAAAUAAUGUAGAUUCUCUAGACCAAUGUUUCUCAACCAUCUUCCUUGAGGUAUCUGAACAUAGCGCGUCUUGGGGGAUAACCAGCAAUUCACACAUUUAAAUCUAAACAUCAAUGUAAAUGUGUUUAAUUAACAAUGGUUUUUUCUAACAAAGUCUAUCCCUUCACUGCCAUGAGGUCCGACUGACAUAUCGGCCCUUUUGACAGUGACGGAACUCAGAGCUUGGUUUCGCUGAGCUGUGCAGAGAAUGGUGAUGAGAAAUUACUCUAGACUGUAUAUCUCGGAUGUUGUUCGCAAAAGCUGAUAAUCUAAGCUCAACACUAGAAAUCAGUAGGAAAUCGUAAUAAAGAAUCAACAUGCUCUUUUUUUUAUUUUUUAUUAUUAUUAUUACUUUAUUAUUUUGUUUUUAUUUUUACGUUGCUGCCUUGUGAAGAUGUGAGUCUGAUUCUUUCCAGCACAGGUGAUUUAACUUCUCAGCUGCCAGAGGGGUUAUACAGAAACUACUCCUGUAAUAUGCACUUUUUCUGUCUUUCUUAAGCAACGCGGAGUUGUAUAUGUAAACAGCGCUCACUGAAGAGCAUCAAUAAAGGCCAUGGUUUAAACUUA